AUGUUUUAUACAGUCAGUGUUCAUGACUUGGCUUUUACGCUGGAAGAGAGACAGCAGUUGAACAUUCAUGGAUUGCUGCCCCCUUGCUUCAUCAGUCAGGAGAUCCAGGUUCUUAGAGUAAUUAAAAAUUUUGAGCGUCUGACCUCUGACUUUGACAGGUAUCUUCUCUUGAUGGAUCUUCAAGACAGAAACGAAAAGCUCUUUUAUAGUGUGCUAAUGUCUGACAUUGAGAAAUUCAUGCCUAUUGUUUAUACCCCCACUGUGGGUCUGGCUUGCCAGCAAUAUAGUUUAGCAUUUCGGAAGCCAAGAGGUCUCUUCAUUAGUAUCCAUGAUCGAGGUCAUAUUGCUUCAGUUCUUAAUGCGUGGCCCGAGGAUGUCAUCAAAGCUAUUGUGGUGACUGAUGGAGAGCGUAUUCUUGGCUUGGGAGACCUUGGCUGUAAUGGAAUGGGCAUCCCUGUGGGCAAGCUGGCACUGUAUACAGCCUGUGGAGGGAUGAAUCCUCAAGAAUGUCUGCCUAUUAUUCUGGAUGUGGGAACAGAAAAUGAGGAUUUACUCAAAGAUCCGUUGUACAUUGGGCUACGUCAGAGAAGAGUGAGAGGUCCUGAAUAUGAUGAUUUUUUGGAUGAAUUCAUGGAGGCAGUUUCUUCUAAGUAUGGGAUGAAUUGCCUUAUUCAGUUUGAAGAUUUUGCCAAUAUAAAUGCCUUUCGUCUCCUGAAGAAAUAUCAAAACCAGUAUUGCACAUUCAAUGAUGAUAUUCAAGGAACAGCAUCUGUGGCAGUGGCGGGCAUCCUUGCGGCUCUUCGAAUAACCAAGAACAAACUGUCUGAUCAAACAAUACUCUUUCAAGGAGCUGGAGAGGCUGCCUUAGGGAUUGCACACCUGAUUGUUAUGGCCAUGGAAAAAGAAGGUUUACCAAAAGAGAAGGCCAUGAAAAAGAUAUGGUUGGUUGACUCAAAAGGAUUAAUAGUUAAGGGACGAGCUGCCUUAACACAAGAGAAGGAGGAAUUUGCCCAUGAACAUGAAGAAAUGAAAAACCUAGAAGCCAUUGUUCAAGAUAUAAAACCAACUGCCCUCAUAGGAGUUGCUGCAAUUGGUGGUGCAUUCUCAGAACAAAUUCUCAAAGAUAUGGCUGCCUUCAAUGAACGGCCUAUUAUUUUUGCUUUGAGUAACCCCACUAGCAAAGCAGAAUGUACUGCGGAGCAGUGCUAUAAACUAACCAAGGGGCGUGCGAUUUUUGCCAGUGGCAGUCCUUUUGAUCCAGUCACUCUUCCAAAUGGACGGACCCUGUAUCCUGGCCAAGGAAACAAUUCCUAUGUGUUUCCUGGAGUGGCUCUUGGUGUCGUGGCAUGUGGAUUGAGACAUAUCACAGAUAAGAUUUUUCUCACAACUGCUGAGAUUGUGAAAGAUGCUUACCAAGAAAAGACAGCCACAGUUUAUCCUGAACCCUCAAACAAGGAGGCCUUUGUCCGCUCUCAGAUGUAUAAUACUGAUUAUGACCAGAUUCUACCUGAUUGUUAUGCUUGGCCUAAAGAGGCCCAGAAAAUACAGACCAAACUUGACCAGUAGCAUAAUAGCUGACAUUUCUAAUUCUGUUAAUGAGGUCUUAAAGUCUUUCAUAAUUUUUAAAGAUUGGAAUCUUUUAUAGUAAUUCAUUAGACUAAGAAUUUUACUUUAACAAUAGAAGUUCAUGGAAGGAUAUUAAUUUACUUUAGGGUGAACAUCACACUAGACAAUUUUGCUUCAUUUGCUUUCUUGUUAUUUAUGGUUUCUCUCUUAUUUUGCCCAAGUUCUCUUCAAAUCUGUUGUACCUACUACUGAGAAACACACCAUUUUUAUAUAGAGAACUAAUGGAAAGACCAAAAUUAGUAAUAAAUCGAUAUACUCAACAUUAAAAUCCAUAGUUCUUUUGCUGACUGUUUUCUUUAAAAAUCUACUCUUUUUUUAUAAAGACAAAUGAAUUUAGGCAUAGGAGAACUUUUGCUAAAAACAGAAACAACACUUACUUUGUUGCCUAGAGAAAAAUAACUUCUCAGGUAUUUUUAUUCCAACCUAGAUUAGUUCUUUUCGUGCAACUGAACUCUAACAUUUCUAAGAAAGAUCAUUGCUGUUUACAAUGCCUUGUGCAGCCUUAGAUUUUAAUAUUCUUUUGCCAUUGUUACAUCUUAUCACCUUGGUCCUCAGUCAGAUAUCCCUUCUAGAAGCACCUUUCUUCUGCCCUUGACUGAAUGCCCUAUUCUCUGCACUGUUGCUGCUAGGCAUUUGCAGACUGUGGUCCUGUCCUGAGGCUGGUAUCCUCAGUUCCACAAAGCCCAAGCUGUGGGAAGAGCUGAGAGAGAAAGCUGAUAAUCUCCUUGAGAAAAGGGCUGCCUGUGGAGCCGACCUCUUAGGACAGAGAUCUCCAGAGUCAGGAGUGAGAGCAUGGUUCCCAGACAAGCUAGGUUCCUACAGAAGUGACCUACCCUCGUGCUUCCUUGAUUAGCUCGGGUAAUGAGGAGCUUGCUGCGUUACAACAAACUCACUUCCCUCUGGGUUUGAGGAGAUUUUGUCAGAAAUUAUCUUGACAUCAGGUAUUGACAUACUCUAAUUACCGUCAGUAUGUAUAGCCCAGAAAUUAAUAUUAAUUUCAAGUUUUACUUUAGAAGUUAAUAACUGAACAAAUGGAAACAAUUUUAAAUUCUUAAGCUCAGGUGCAAUAACAUUUGCUAUUUAUUUGUAGAAUUAUUUGGAGAAUUUUGUUUUUGAAGUAAUGCUUUUAAAAUGUGUAGGAAGAUGUUUAAGAUAAUGUAUACUAUAAAAUGAUUUAUUGAAGGUUGACGGUUCACAGAUUGUUUUAGGUGUGAAUAGAAGGGGUGGGGGGUAUUUCUGAAAGUAACAUUUAGUCAAGAAUUUCGUCAAUAUAGUUAUGAAAAGAUCCAGAGUGUUGAUUUCUUGUUUGUUUCCUGUUGUCUUGUAGCUCUAACUAAAUGUAUUUACCUAUGCAAAAGAUUGAUUAAAGCAUAGAAAAAGUGAAUGAAUAAAA